AUGUCGAUGGAUAUAACUUUCCUUGGCACUGGCUCGGCCUAUCCCUCUCCAACCAGAGGAGCAUCUGCACUGGUGCUUCGCAGGGAAGGAGAAUGCUGGCUCUUCGACUGCGGGGAGGGAACUCAAACACAGUUCAUGAAGAGCCAUCUGAGAGCAGGCAGAAUUACCAAGAUCUUCAUAACUCAUCUUCACGGUGACCACUUCUUUGGACUUCCUGGCCUGCUGUGUACAAUUAGCCUCCAAAGCAGCCCUGACUCAGACAAACCACCUCUGGAUAUUUAUGGACCAUUAGGGCUGCGAGACUUCAUCUGGAGGAGUAUGGAGCUCUCCCACUCACAACUUCUUUUUCCCUACGUUGUUCAUGAACUGGUACCAACGCGGGACCAGUGCCCUGCAGAAGAAUUCAAAGAGUUUUCUUAUAUGGGCAGAGAUGAGAUACCUCCCAAGGGAGCACAAGGGAGAGUACUCCAUCUGGACCCAGCAGAAGACUCUUACUUGCUGCUUGAGGAUGAGCAGCUGGUUCUGAAAGCAUUUCGCCUGUUUCACCGCAUUCCUUCCUUUGGCUUUGUGGUGGAAGAGAAGCCCCGGACCGGCAAACUCAAUGUACAGAAACUGAAAGACCUGGGAGUUCAACCAGGUCCUGUGUAUGGGAAGCUGAAGAAUGGAACUGCAGUUGUUCUGGAAAAUGGACUAACAAUUUCUCCUUCUGAUGUCUUAGAAGACCCUAUUCCUGGAAGAAAAAUAUGCAUUCUGGGGGAUUGUUCAGGGGUGGUUGGAGAUGCGGCCGCUAAGCUUUGCUGUGGAGCAGAUGUGCUGAUACACGAAGCCACGUUGGAUGAUACCCAAGAGGAAAAGGCCAGAGAACAUGGUCAUAGCACUCCAAAAAUGGCUUCGGAGUUUGCAAAAUGGUGUAAAGUUAAGAAACUGGUGUUGACUCACUUCAGUCAGCGGUACAAACCGGCUGCGCAGAGAGGGGAGGGCGAUGCGGACGUCACCGAACUAAGGAGGCAGGCAGAGUCAGUGUUAGAUGGCCAAGAAGUAAUGCUAGCAGAGGACUUCAUGACAAUAGAAAUUCCAAUGAAAAAGUUAAAAUGGUAG